AUGGACGCGGUCCUGCAGCAGCCGGAAAAAAGGGUUCUUCGAUCGAAUGCUAAGGUUACCGGAGGAGUCCAACCCUUCGUGAAGGGGAGGACUGCGAUGACUACUACUAGUAAGAAGAACGCUUCCAGAAAAUCAGGUUUGGACGUGGUACAGGAGAAACUUAACGCCGCACAUGCAGCGGGCAGAAAACCUCGGGAUUUUAUUAUUGACAAAGAAACUAGCCCGCCAAUACGCACAAUGGCCAAUGUGGCAACUAAAAGUUGGGCGGAAGAAGUUGAGAACGAGGAAAACUCCUCGUUGGAUGGUAUUUUGGAACCAAAGAAAGAUGUUUCGAAAGUUCCGUUACAUUUUUGGAAGUCGAUUAACGUCGUUUCUAUUCACCAGAAUUCUCGGAUUGAUAUGAGUCCUAACAUUUGGGUACUGGCAAAUCCGAUUGUCAAUAUUUCUUUGGUUUUUUCUUCCAAUCAAGUGGUGAUUCUUGACUGUUGUUGGUCCUCUCGUACGUUCCGCGCGGCGUUCGUGCAUGGGGACUGCUCCACGGUUGGGAGGAGAUACCUUUGGUUGGAGCUUCUCACGAAUGUGGUGGACAACAUGUUUUUCAUUGGUGACUUCAACGUGGUAAAGGGUGCGCAUGAGCGUAAGAGUGAUUGUCUUCCAAAUGCCUCCGCUUGUAGGGAGUUCUGUGACUUCAUUGACGCCUCGGGUUUUAUUGAGUCGAACACUUCUGGGCUUUUUUACACAUGGUGUGGCAGGCGAAAUCUCCCUUCGCAUGUGGAAUCAGUUUUGGAUCGUUGUCUCUACUCCAAGGGUUUUGCGACAAUGUGGAAUUCGUUGAAUACCCACGUUCUUCCUCGUAUUGCCUCUGAUCAUUCACCUAUCAUUUUGCAAUGCCAAGAGAAUGCGGCCCCAAGAAGAAGAAACUUUAAGUUUUUGGAUAUGUGGCUUUCGCACCCGGAUUUCCAUGAUUUUAUGCAGGCUUCCUGGCAGUCGCCGACGAACUCUACUUGCCCUCUUUUUAACGUUAUGGCAAAGCUUAAACGGUUUCGUACCGAGCUCAAGGUCUGGAAUAAACAAGUUUUUGGGAAUAUCGAUGAUGGAAUUUCUCAACUACAGGAGUCGCUGACAAAAAUUCAGUUGAAGAUAGCAGAUGAAGGUUACUCUGAUUCGCUUUUUGACCAAGAAGUCGCGGCCCAGGCGAGGAUUGGCACUUUGCUUACACGUAAGAGUAAUCUCUUGCAACAGAAAAGCAGAGUUCGAUGGCUUAAAGAUGGUGACAGGAACACGAGUUUUUUCCAUAAGUCUUACAGGAUGAGACGCAAGAAUCUGACUCUUUCUCAACUAAAGAUUGAUGGUGUUGAUACCUUUGAGCAGGACGUUAUCUCCUCACACAUUGUGGAUUUUUUCUCAAAACUUUUUUCCGAAGUUACGACGAACACUGUUCUAGUGCAGGAUAUUCAACAUAUUGUGGAAGUCACGGUGAAUCAAAAACAGAACGAGAAUCUGAGCGGUAUUCCUGAGGAAGAUGAGAUUAAAGCGGCGGUUUUUGAUUUGGCGAGCGAUAGUGCUGCUGGACCGGAUGGCUUCUCUGGCAUUUUCUUCCAGAAUUGCUGGGACACCAUCAAAGAUGAUAUUGUGGUCGCCGCCAGGACUUUUUUCGUGAAGAACUAUCUGCCGCAGGGCCUGAACUCUAAUACGUUGAUCCUCAUCCCUAAAAAAGAAGUGGUGGAAACGGUUGCUGAUCUGAGGCCGAUUAUCCUCUCCAAUUUCUUUUUUAAGGUUCUUUCUAAAAUUCUUGCUACUCGGCUUAGCUCUGUGGCAGCUGAUAGUGUGACUCACAAUCAGUUUGGGUUUAUUCGUGGGCGGCUUAUUCACGACUGCAUCAUGCUAGGUUCGGAAGGAGUUAAUUGCAUGAAUAGAACCUGCAAGGGAAUGAAUAUGGCUUGUAAAGUGGAUAUUAAGAAAGCCUAUGAUACCAUGAGUUGGAAUUUCAUCAUGUGCGCUAUGCAGGCGAUGGGGUAUGAUCAAACCUUUCUAGGGUGGAUUGCCACUAUUUUUUCUUCAGCUCGACUUUCGAUCCUUUACAAUGGGAAACUCUGCGGGUACUUUCCAUGCUCGCGGGGUGUGAGGCAAGGGGAUCCUCUCUCGCCUAUUAUUUUUGGCAUCGCGGAGGACGUGCUUAGUAGACUCUUUUUGAAAGCGGUUGCUGCGGGGCAAAUUGAGCCAAUGAGGAUGUGCAGGGGUCAUUUGUUUCCCACCCACCUCCUUUACGCUGAUGACAUUCUGAUUUUUUGUAAAGCGACGAUGAAGAAUGCAAGAGCUAUUCGCGACAUCCUCCAAUUUUAUGGUUCGCUUUCGGGUCAAAUCUGCAGUAAAGAAAAAUCGAGGCUUUUCUUUGCUAAAGGUGUGUCGCCCUAUUACAAACGCCAAAUUUCUCGGGUUCUGGGGUUCCCCUGCGGAAGUUUACCUAUGAUAUAUCUGGGCGCGCCACUUUUUGUUGGUCGUCCCAAAGCCUCCCACCUUGCCGCUAUAAAAGAUAGAAUCAUUUGCAAGUUUUCUCGCUGGAAUGGGCUGCACCUUUCGAUGGCUGGACGUCUCUGCUUAGUAAAAUCUGUUGUUCAAAGCUCAAUCGUCCACACCAUGAUGAUUUAUAAAUGGCCACGAUCGCUCAUCCAAGAGAUUGACGCUGCCUGCAGAAACUUCAUCUGGUCGGGCGACAUAAGAAAACGUCCUAAGCACGCUGUCAGCUGGGACAGGGUUUGUGGCAUUAAGGAAGAAGGAGGUCUGGGCGUGAGAUCGUUUAUUAUGAUGAAUGAGGCUUUUUUGAUGAAACUUGCUUGGAAAGUUAUUCUUGGAUCUCAGUUCGGUUUUAAUAUCAUGAAGAGUAGAUAUCUUAACUCUCUCGGUCGCCCCCGCAAUAUGGCGCUUGCUUCUUCAGUUUGGGGAGGUGUUAAACAACUUAUCCCAGAGCUCAUCAAUGAUUCCUACUGUCUUCUUGGAAGGGGUCAGUCGGUUUACUUCUGGCAUGAUGAUUGGCUCGGCUACGCCAUAGCAGAUAAAGUCAACAUCCCUAGUUUUAUGAGGCAUCGACUGCAACAAACGGUGUCGGAUUAUCUUUAUGAUGGGGUCUGGCACUUUGAUCAGGAGUUUGUAGAUGAGUUUCCUGACAUCGUCUAUGACAUUCUGCUCUUGCCGAUUGGAAACGAGGAGGAUGUCCGCUUAUGGAAGCCUUCGAUUCAUGGGGAGGUCACCUCGGCUCUUGCCUUUGCUUCACGUUGUAAUCGUUUUCCGCGUGUGUCGUGGGGCACCUGGAUUUGGGAAAGGUUUAUUCCCGUUCGCCGUUCAAUCACCUGUUGGCGUGUUAUUCUUAACCGCCUACCCAUUCUUGAUAAGAUGAUUAAGCAGGGAGUUAUCAUGCCUAACUACUGCUCGUUUUGCUUUGGAGAUGCUGAAAAUCUGGACCACAUUCAUUGGGAUUGCUCAAAAGUUCGACCAAUUUGGCGCGAUUUGCUUAGCUGGUUUGGUUUGGAGGAAGGCUUGGCUAGUCACGGUAUUCACGAGUUGCUUGUGUUUGCAUGGACGGUGCAGCUGAGCUCGCAAAUUAAAAAGUUCUGGAAGUUGGGAGUUAUUUCCUUAAUCUGGGCUCUUUGGACUGCAAGAAAUAAGUGUCAUUUUGACGACAAAGUUUUUGUUCAUCAAGAAAUCCUGGUUUUUAUUAAAGCGGCUUUUAUUGAAGUUGAUAAUUCUUUUCCGAAAAUGGGGCACAUGGAUAAUAAAUGGAAGGAUUAUCUUGUUAUUCGGAAGAUGGGUGUUCGGCCGAGAAUGCGCUCACCGCCGGAGAUGACUUCGGUUUAUUGGUCACCGCCUGCUCACUUAUGGCUGAAAGUGAACACCGAUGGUUCGGCGAUGGGAGCCCCGGGCCGCAUUUGUGCUGGUGGUGUGUUUCGAGAUUGGCGGGGUUUCGUAAGAGGGUGUUUUCAUGUUGAGGGAGGCUUGGGUUUCGCUUUUGAAGCAGAGCUGCUUGGGGUGAUUUCGGCGAUCCAGCUAGCCCACCAUUGUGGUUGGAACAAGCUUUGGUUGGAAGCUGAUUCCUCAGAAGGCAACGUACCGGCGGAUAUCAUGGCUAGUCCUCAUACUCCGGAGGGAUGGUGGCCGUUUGGGGUGGACUGGAUUCGGGACGCUGUGGUGGUGGGCGCUCCUGGGCUUGGGGCUUUUACUUUGUUUGGGGAAGCUUCAGGUUACGGCAGAGGACAGGAACUGUUGUCCUCAUCUGAAGCGAGAGAAGACGAUCAGCUCACGUCGGGUGGAGCGUCGGUUUGGGAGUGA